AUGGAUAGAGCUAAGAGGGAUCUCCCAAAGGUCCGAGACGAAGAGAGGGAGAGGAUGUUCGGCUCGGUAUACUCUGUAUCCGGUCCAGUCGUUGUCGGCGAAAACAUGAGAGGAUGUGCGAUGUACGAAUUAGUCCGAGUAGGUCACGAUGAGUUGGUAGGAGAGGUUAUCCGAAUCGAAGCGGAUCGUGCUACCAUCCAAGUCUACGAAGAAACUUCAGGUGUGACUGUUGGUGAUCCCGUGUUGAGAACUGGCAAGCCAUUGAGUGUGGAGCUAGGACCUGGACUUAUGACGAAUAUCUACGACGGUAUCCAACGUCCACUCAAAUCUAUUCAAGAGAAAUCUCAAAGUAUUUACAUUCCUCGUGGUAUCAACACCGAAUCGCUUAGCAGGGAGAUCAAGUGGGACUUCAAUCCUGCUUCCUUCCGCGUUGGCGACCACUUGUCAGGUGGUGAUAUCUUCGGUAGCGUUUACGAAAAUUCGCUCGUUGACAAUCAUAAAAUUAUGCUUCCUCCUCGAGCUAUGGGUACAGUCACUCGUAUUGCUGAGAAGGGCAGCUACACUGUCGAAGACGUUGUGCUUGAAACCGAGUUCCAAGGCAAAACCACUCAGCAUACGAUGAUGCAACUCUGGCCUGUCCGAGCUCCUAGACCCGUCGCUCAAAAAGAAACCGCCUCAUACCCUCUAUUCACCGGUCAGCGAGUUUUAGACGCCUUGUUCCCUUGUGUUCAAGGUGGAACUACUGCCAUUCCUGGUGCUUUCGGAUGUGGAAAAACUGUCAUUAGUCAAGCUUUAUCGAAAUUUUCCAACUCGGAUAUCAUCAUUUAUGUCGGUUGUGGUGAGCGAGGUAAUGAAAUGGCUGAAUUCCCCGAACUCACUCUCGAACGAAACGGCCGAGAAGAGCCUAUCAUGAAGCGUACUGCCCUCGUUGCCAACACUUCCAACAUGCCUGUCGCUGCUCGAGAAGCCUCAAUUUACACCGGUAUCACCCUUUCCGAGUAUUUCCGAGACCAAGGUAAUAAUGUCGCCAUGAUGGCCGACUCUACUUCCCGAUGGGCCGAAGCUUUGCGAGAGAUAUCUGGUCGUCUGGCUGAAAUGCCAGCGGAUUCUGGUUACCCCGCCUAUCUCGGGGCCAAACUUGCCAGCUUCUACGAACGGGCUGGUAAGGUUACUUGUCUAGGUAACCCUGUCAGACAAGGUACCGUUUCCAUUGUUGGAGCCGUAUCUCCACCUGGUGGCGAUUUCUCUGAUCCUGUCACCAGUGCUACUCUUGGUAUCGUACAGGUGUUCUGGGGUCUUUCCAAAGCUCUGGCACAACGUAAACACUUCCCUUCCGUUGACUGGAACGUGUCUUACUCCAAAUAUCUCAAAGUGCUUGACCCCCACUACGAGAAGAGCAACCCUGGUUUCAUCGACCUUCGGUCAAGGGCAAAAGAGAUCCUCCAGAAGGAGCAAGACUUGGCUGAGAUUGUACAACUCGUUGGAAAGAGUGCUUUGGGGGAGAGUGAUAAGAUUACUCUGGAAGUAGCUCGAAUGCUCAAGGUGAGUCGAGAUUUAUCGAGCACAGCUGAUUUGGCCCAGGACGAUUUCUUGCAACAGAACGGUAUCUCCGAGUAUGACCGAUACUGUCCGUUCUAUAAAACUUCAGGCAUGUUGAAGAACUUUGUAGCGUUCUACGACCAAUCACAGAGAGCCGUUGAGACCAGUGACAUGACUUUUGCCAAGGUCCGAGAUUCCGCUGCCGAUGUCAUAUUCAAGCUGUCCCAAAUGAAAUUCGAGUCUCCCAAUACUCAAAGCGAGCAAGAUAUCCAAGGCAAAUUCGAUCAGCUAUACAACGAGAUCGGAGAGACUUUCAGGAGAAUGCAAGAGUAA